CGUGAGGAUUUGCGCGUGACUUUAGCCUUUAGGUGGUGACCGACCUGACCUCGUUCCCCUCUCUUGCCUCCUCCAUCCAUCGUACAUCGUCAUUCGUCGUACAACACCAUUGGACACACAAAUACACACACACACACACAUAUAUAUAUUAUUCUCAACAAUCAAAAAUCUCCGAUCGCUGUUUUUAGCUAUGACCCUUGUUGAUUGAAUCCUCCUCGGUCGUACUUAAUCAUCUUCCUCUUCAAUUAAGCUUAUGUGACGAAUUUGGGGCCACAACGUAUUAUCAUCACUGCAAGUUUUGGUGGAGGACCCAAUUGUGUAGUACUGGUAGCAUUGGCCCAACGCAAAUUAGUUAACCUUCAAUCUCUUGCUGUAGUGCACAGCCUCAGGUGAUUUAACGGGAUAUUCAUUUAGAAGGUGGACUUCUGAUUUUUUGGGUUAUGCAGCAGUUGGGAUUCAGUAGCCUUGAAGGUAAAAAUGAAUGUACAGGCACAUGUGUCCGGACAGAUACCAGGGCAGGUACCUAAUCAUGAUACACUCAAUAUGGAGCCUGCACGCAGAUUUAUGCAAGAUAAGAUCUAUGAAUAUCUUUCGCAGCGGCUGCAACAUCCUUACGGAAUACCACUAAAGAGAGUAAUGGAUAUUGUAAGACGCUUAGAGGAGGGUCUAUUUAGGGCUGCCCACUCAGAGGAGGAUUAUAAGAACCUGGAAACCUUAGAGAAUCGAUUACAUGGUUUGAUCAAGCGCCUACCUUUGAGUAAUCACAACCAACAAUAUUCACAACUGGUUAGUUCUUCCUCUCCUGUGGGUACAAUGAUACCGACUCCUGGUAUGCCUCACAGUGGGAACUCGAGCUUGAUGGUUACAUCAUCUGUGGAUACUUCCAUAAUUGCUGCCACUGGAUAUAAUAGCAUAGCUUCCACGAAUGUGAGCACUGGAAACUUGUUGCAAACUUCCAAUGGGCCUCCUGUUGGCAUUCAUGGUGGUUCCUUCAAUUCAUCAGAUGGAUCUCUAUCUAAUGGAUAUCAACAGCCAGCCUCCAAUUUUUCCAUCAGUUCCAGUGGAAACAACAUGAUGCCAGCAAUGGGUGCACAAAGAAUGACUAGCCAAAUGAUCCCCACUCCUGGAUUUAAUAGUAAUAACAAUAAGUCUCAUAUGAAAUUGGAAUCUUCUAAAAAUGAUGGGGGGUUUUCAACUGUUGAAUCUGCAAUGGUGUCACAACCACUUCAGCAAAAGCAGCAUUUUGGUGGUCAAAACAGCCGUAUACUGCACAACCUUGGCAGCCAUAUGGGCGGUGGAAUUAGGUCUGGUUUGCAACAGAAAUCUUAUGGAUAUCUAAAUGGGGCUUUAAAUGGUGGGUUAGGGAUGAUGGGAAGCAAUUUGCAACUUGUGAAUGGUCCAGGAACUUCUGAGGGUUAUCUGACGGAAACACCGUAUGGCAAUUCACUCAAACCUUUGCAACAAAAUUACAACCAACAUCAUCAACCAGCAAUGCAAGGUGAUGGAUAUGGGAUGAGCAAUGCUGAUUCUUCUGCUUCUGGAAACUUAUAUGGUCCUGUUAACUCUGCUGGAUCAAUGAUGAAUAAUCAGAAUUUGAAUCCAGUAAGCUUUCAGGCUGCAUCCAAGACCAACUCUCCUUUGGUGACUAAUCAGUCAAAUUUGCAAACAAGUCAAAAGGCUGCACAUUUAAUAAAGCCUGAACCAGUCGAUCAAUCAGAAAAGACAAAUUUCCAAUCUUCACAGUCUUUGCAUGAGAAUCUCUCACAAUCUCAUAAACAGCAAUCUCAUCAGUUACAACCACCACAAUUUGUUCAACAUCAAGGCCAACAAAAACAGCAAAGUCACCAGCAGCAGCUUUUGUCAAGGAAUGAUGCUUUUAGUCAGUCUCAGAUGUCAUCUGAUCUAGGCGGUCAAGUACUGCACGAUUAUGGAAUGGAGCAACAUGAUGAAGCUCUGCAAUCACAAGUUUCUGAACAGUUCCAACUCUUUGACUUGCAGAACAAAUCUCAGCAGAACUCGGCUGAAGUUCAUUCUGGAGGUACUCAGUUGCUCUCUCUUCCUUCAGGCCAACAGGAUAUUUGCUCAUCAAUAAAUCAAACUUCAAGACAAAUGCAAAAAUUGUUGAAUCCACAUCAAUUGGUUGCUGACUCCCAAAAUAAAUAUGGUUGUGUUUCUGUUGGAGGACAAUCAGAGGCAGUGCUUCAGGGUCAAUGGCAACCUAAAUCUCAAGAUAGGUCACACAUAUCAGGGAAGUUGUCACUUGAGCAGUACAUCCAAGAGGAAUUUCGUCAUAGAAUAAUUGGGCAAGAUGAAGCUCAGCGCAAUAAUGCAUCUUCAGAAGGGUCCAUCACUUGUCAAACUGUUACUACUAGAGCAGCAGAUCCCCCACAUUCAAGUGCACCUACCUGUAGAUCUACUCAUCCAAACCGUGAAAAGCAGUUCAGGAAUCAGAAAAGGUGGCUGUUGUUCUUGCGGCAUGCUCGUCGAUGUGCAGCUCCAGAAGGGAAAUGCCAAGAAACUAAUUGUGUAACUGUUCAAAAACUGUGGAGGCAUUUGGACCGAUGCAAUGUAUCUCAAUGCCCAUAUCCUCGUUGCCACCAUACCAAGAUAUUACUUAAUCAUCACCAACAUUGUAGGGACCAAGUUUGCCCUGUUUGUGUUCCUGUCAGAAAUUAUAUGCAAACGAAACUGAAGCCACGUGGUAAUCUAGAUUCUAGUUCUGGUUUAGCAUGUUCAAUCAAUCAAUUGACUUCAAAGCCGAGUCUAUCAGUUGUUGAAACUUCAGAAGAUUUGAAACCUUCUUUGAAACGCUUGAAGAUUGAACAGUUGUGUGAAUCUCUUAUUCCUGAGAGUGAAAAUUCCGCUGUAUCAAUUACCGCCAUUAGCGAACCUCAUGUUCCCCAGAAUGUGCAAUAUGAGGAAUACCAGCAUGGUCACACUUGCUUGCCAAUGAAAUCUGAGGUCACAGAAGUGAAGAUGGAUAUUCCUGCAAGUUUCAUGCAAGGUAGUGAGAUGAAGAUGGAUGGUACCUGCAACGUGAGGCCUGAUGAUGAACCUAUUAUAUUGAAUGACCCCACUGGUUCUGUUAAGCAAGAGAGUUUUAAGUUUGAGAGAGAGAGGGACCAUGCUAAACAGGAAAAUGUGACAUUGCCUGCAGCCGAAAAUGCGGCUGGAACCAAGUCUGGGAAGCCAAAAAUAAAGGGAGUGUCAAUGACUGAACUGUUCACUCCAGAGCAAGUCAGGGAGCAUAUCAGAGGUCUCAGGCAGUGGGUAGGCCAGAGUAAAGCGAAGGCAGAAAAAAAUCAAGCAAUGGAGCGUUCGAUGAGUGAGAACUCUUGUCAACUGUGUGCAGUGGAGAAGCUCACCUUUGAACCGCCACCUCUAUAUUGCACGCCAUGUGGUGCUCGCAUUAAAAGAAACGCAAUGUAUUACACUAUAGGAGCUGGUGAUACACGGCACUAUUUCUGCAUCCCUUGCUAUAAUGAAUCCCGUGGAGACACCAUUACAGCUGAUGGGAGCCUUAUUUCAAAGGCAAGACUGGAGAAAAAGAAAAAUGAUGAGGAGACAGAAGAAUGGUGGGUUCAAUGUGAUAAGUGCGAAGCUUGGCAACAUCAAAUCUGUACAUUGUUCAAUGGUCGUAGGAAUGAUGGUGGGCAAGCUGAAUAUACUUGUCCUAACUGUUAUAUGGUAGAGGUUGAAAGAGGAGAGCGUACGCCCUUACCACAGAGUGCUGUUCUUGGAGCGAAAGAUCUGCCUAGAACAAUCCUCAGUGACCACAUAGAGCAGCGAUUAUUUAGGCGUCUGAAACAGGAAAGACACGAGAGGGCAAGGCUUCAAGGGAAAAGUUUUGAUGAGGUUCCUGGAGCAGAAGCGCUUGUAGUUAGAGUUGUAUCGUCAGUUGACAAAAAGUUGGAAGUGAAGCAGCGAUUUCUUGAAAUUUUUCAAGAAGAUAAUUACCCAACAGAAUUUUCAUAUAAAUCCAAGGUAGUAUUGUUGUUUCAGAAAAUUGAAGGUGUAGAAGUAUGCCUAUUUGGCAUGUAUGUUCAAGAAUUCGGAUCAGAAUGUGAACAGCCAAAUCACCGCCGUGUUUAUCUCUCAUAUCUGGAUUCUGUUAAGUAUUUCAGGCCUGAGAUCAAAGCUGUGACCGGAGAAGCUCUCCGUACAUUUGUUUACCAUGAAAUUUUGAUUGGAUACCUAGAAUAUUGCAAGAAACGCGGUUUCACAAGUUGCUAUAUAUGGGCUUGCCCUCCACUGAAGGGUGAAGAUUAUAUUUUAUAUUGCCAUCCAGAAAUUCAGAAAACACCCAAGUCUGAUAAACUCAGGGAGUGGUAUCUAUCAAUGUUAAGAAAAGCUGCAAAGGAAAAUAUAGUAGUUGACCUCACUAAUUUAUACGACCAUUUCUUUGUAUCUAGUGGUGAGUGUAAGGCUAAGGUAACUGCAGCUCGGCUGCCAUAUUUUGAUGGAGACUACUGGCCUGGUGCUGCGGAGGAUAUAAUUUAUCAGCUUCGUCAAGAAGAAGAUGGCAGAAAACAGCAUAAGAAAGGAACAUUCAAGAAGACCAUAACAAAAAGGGCUUUAAAAGCAUCUGGUCAAUCUGAUCUUUCUGGAAAUGCAUCAAAAGAUCUGCUGCUAAUGCACAAACUCGGUGAAACAAUUUCCCCAAUGAAGGAAGAUUUUAUCAUGGUUCACUUGCAGCAUGCAUGCACUCAUUGCUGUAUUCUAAUGGUUUCUGGAAAACGUUGGGUUUGUAACCAGUGCAAAAAUUUUCAGCUUUGUGACAAGUGUUAUGAAACAGAACAAAAAAUUGAAGAGAGAGAGAGACAUCCUAUCAAUCAAAGGGACAAGCACAUACUAUAUCCACUUGAAAUCAAUGACGUAUCUGUAGAUACCAAGGACACAGAUGAGAUUCUUGAGAGUGAAUUCUUUGAUACUAGACAGGCAUUUCUGAGUCUCUGUCAGGGUAACCAUUACCAAUAUGAUACUCUACGCCGAGCUAAACAUUCCUCAAUGAUGGUUCUUUACCAUCUUCACAAUCCCACUGCUCCUGCAUUUGUGACUACAUGUAAUGUUUGUCAUCUUGAUAUUGAAACUGGUCAAGGUUGGCGCUGUGAGAUUUGCCCUGAUUAUGAUGUAUGUAAUGGUUGUUAUCAAAAGGAUGGGGGAGUUGAUCAUCCUCAUAAUUUGACUAACCAUCCAUCCAUAGCUGAUCGUGAUGCACAGAAUAAAGAAGCUAGGCAAAUGAGAGUUUUGCAGCUUAGGAAAAUGCUUGAUCUUUUGGUGCAUGCAUCUCAAUGUCGUUCUCCGAAUUGCCAAUAUCCAAAUUGUCGUAAGGUGAAGGGGCUUUUUCGACAUGGGAUUCAUUGCAAAACACGUGCUUCUGGAGGUUGUGUUCUUUGUAAGAAGAUGUGGUAUAUCCUUCAGCUUCAUGCUCGAGCUUGCAAAGAAUCUGAAUGCAAUGUACCACGUUGCAGAGAUCUGAAAGAACAUUUGAGGAGGCUGCAACAGCAAGCUGAUUCCCGGCGAAGGGCGGCGGUGAUGGAGAUGAUGAGGCAGCGAGCUGCCGAGGUUGCUGGCAGUUCUGGAUAAACAAAUUGUAUAUAUUGGUUAUGGACGUUUUGGAGAGACAUGAUAUUGACAGAGGGAGAGAUUAUAGUUUCUAAUGACUGGUAACAGAGGCGAACCAGGCAGCUAGAGCACAAGUCCUGUCAGAAUGUUUGAGGGGUAGCGAAGGAAAUUGCAGCAUGUUGGUUAAGAAUCAACGGCAGAUUACAAUUCUUUCAUUUUUUUUUUUUUUUUCGUUCGCAAAAGUUCUCCUCAAGGAAGACAAGAUCAGAGAUGCCCUUAUAUUCAGCAACCCCUACGUCCUUGGGAGAGAAGGGGCACUGGUGUUUUUUCUGUUGCCCAAUUGGGUGAUUCUUUUGAUUUUAUUUUCUUCAUUCAGUGCUGUUUGGGGUGGCUGAGUGUACUAUAGUGUCCCAGUCUGUCUGUAAAAUGUUUUCUUUUCGAUGAAAUUAAAUAGGUCAGUUUUUCAA